AUGCGGCCGGAGGAAGUGGAGGACUGCUACCUCACCGCUCUGCAGCUGGUCAGAGAGGCCGGCGAGAUCGUGAUGGAAGGGUUCAGAUCAGUGAAGAGUGUGAGCACGAAGACCCAUGUUGCCGACUUAGUGACGGUAUAUGACACCAGAGUGGAAGACUUCCUGUUCAGCAGCCUUAAGAAGAAAUACCCUUCCCACAAAUUCAUCGGGGAAGAGAGCUCGUUCGCUGAAGGCUCGCAGCCUGCUCUGAGCGACGCGCCCACCUGGAUAAUCGACCCUAUCGACGGAACCAUGAACUUCGUGCACGGCCUACCUCUGGUGGCGGUCUGCGUGGCGCUGGCGGUGAACAGGAAGGCCGUGAUUGGCAUCGUGUACAACCCGGUGCUGGAGCAACUGUACACCGCCGUGGCUGGCAGGGGAGCCCUCCUCAACUCCGAGCCCAUCAGGGUCUCCAGCGUAACAGACAUUUCCAAAGCUUUAGUGAACGUACGAAGAACAUUGCCAACGACUUCAAAAGGUGAAAGAGCUGAGAUUGACUUCGAAUUAAUAGGAAAAAUGUCAAAGAAGACCCACGGACACGUGUGGCUGGGCAGCUGCGCGGUGGAGCUAUGCUUCGUGGCGGCAGGGAGCAUCGACGCCUGCUACUGGGACAACUCGAGAAUACACUGCUGGGACGUGGCUGCUGCCACGCUCAUAAUACAAGAAGCAGGAGGUGUGGUCAUCGAAUCGAGAGAUGGCGGCCAGUUUGACAUGAUGACCGGCAGGGCAUUGUGCGCUGGCACGGAGGCGCUGGCGACCAGCGUCCUGAAGGAAGUAAACAACUACCUGCAAUCUGCAUCUGCGUGA